AUGGCAUCCAUGCUAACCAUGCAAACACAAAAAGGAAGAGUUCUAAAGAUGGGAAACCAGGGGAAGCUGGGACAUUUGUCCCCAAUGAUACAUGCCAUAGCAAUUUGCCUUGUAGCCACCAGUGCCGUGGCUUAUGAGCCUUAUUACUAUAAAUCUCCACCACCUCCAUCUCCAUCACCACCUCCUCCAUAUCACUACUCAUCUCCUCCUCCUCCAAAGAAGUCUCCACCACCUCCAUACCACUACUCAUCCCCUCCUCCUCCAAAGAAGUCUCCACCUCCACCAUACCACUACACAUCCCCACCUCCUCCAAAGAAGUCUCCCCCUCCACCAUACCACUACACAUCCCCACCUCCUCCAAAGAAGUCUCCACCACCUCCAUACCACUACACAUCUCCUCCUCCUCCAAAGAAGUCUCCACCACCUCCAUACCACUACACAUCACCUCCUCCUCCUAAGAAGUCUCCACCACCUCCAUACCACUACACAUCACCUCCUCCUCCUAAGAAGUCUCCACCACCUCCAUACCACUACACAUCACCUCCUCCUCCUAAGAAGUCUCCACCACCUCCAUACCACUACACAUCUCCUCCUCCUCCAAAGAAGUCUCCCCCUCCACCAUACCACUACACAUCACCUCCUCCUCCAAAGAAAUCUCCCCCACCUCCAUACCACUACUCAUCACCUCCUCCACCAAAGAAGUCUCCACCACCUCCAUACCACUACUCAUCCCCUCCUCCACCAAAGAAGUCUCCACCUCCACCAUACCACUACACAUCCCCACCACCUCCUAAGAAGUCUCCACCUCCACCAUACCACUACACAUCCCCACCACCUCCUAAGAAAUCUCCACCACCACCAUACCACUACUCAUCCCCUCCUCCACCAAAGAAGUCUCCACCUCCACCAUACCACUACUCAUCCCCUCCUCCUCCAAAGAAGUCUCCACCUCCACCAUACCACUACUCAUCCCCUCCUCCUCCAAAGAAGUCUCCACCUCCACCAUACCACUACACAUCCCCACCACCUCCUAAGAAGUCUCCACCUCCACCAUACCACUACACAUCACCUCCUCCACCAAAGAAAUCUCCACCUCCACCAUACCACUACUCAUCCCCUCCUCCACCAAAGAAGUCUCCACCUCCACCAUACCACUACACAUCCCCACCACCUCCUAAGAAGUCUCCACCACCUCCAUACCACUACACAUCCCCACCACCUCCAAAGAAGUCUCCACCACCUCCAUACCACUACACAUCCCCACCACCUCCAAAGAAGUCUCCACCACCUCCAUACCACUACUCAUCUCCCCCUCCUCCUAAGAAAUCUCCCCCACCACCAUACCACUACUCAUCCCCACCUCCUCCAAAGAAGUCUCCACCACCUCCAUACCACUACACCUCCCCACCUCCUCCAAAGAAGUCUCCCCCUCCACCAUACCACUACACCUCACCUCCUCCACCAAUGAAAUCUCCACCACCUCCAUACCACUACACAUCUCCUCCUCCUCCAAAGAAGUCCCCCCUCCCCCAUACCACUACACAUCACCCCCUCCUCCAGUCAAAUCCCCACCCCCUCCAUACUACUAUACAUCUCCACCACCCCCAACUCACUCUCCACCUCCUCCAUACAUCUAUGCAUCACCCCCACCACCAAAACACUAUUAAGCUCGUUUAG